AUGGAAAUUGGGAUCAUAGGUGAAAGCGAUGAUUUUGCGACGAAAUCAUGUGUACCAUCCAUAGUACCAGCUAUUGGUUUCCUCUUGCUCCUAAAUGAUGACUGUAAUGUUGGACUAUCGGGUCACCAAAAUGUAAAUGUUACUUCCAAGCAAUCGACAUUUAUCACUCCGAUUGACACCAGUAUUACCAAUGAGCAAAGAAAAUUCCUAGUACCAGAUGACAAGUUACAAAUUCAGAAGAUAGAAACAAAUGCGACAAUUGGUACAACCAAGUUAGAUGCAUCACCAUCCUAUUACUAUUCUUCCAUAAGUGAUCUGCAGCAUGAAUUUCGAACUACUACUAAUGUAACCAAUACAAUAGGCAUGUUUACUGAACUGACCUCAAAAUCAGAACAGGUCAGGACAGAUUGCAAAUCCGGUUUUUCGAUUUAUAUUGAAGUGAUCGAUGGUAUUGAAGUGAUUGCUGAGGGUUUAGCAACAUUUCAGACACGUACGCUUGAAAUGUGUUUAUAUAUAUGUACGGAAAAUAAGCUGAAUGAUAGAAAUUUUUCACCGAUCGGAUGUCAUAGUGCCCAAUACAACCGGAUCAGUAAACGUUGCAUUUUAUUCAAUACAUCAAUUGCUCCAACUGGAAAUGCUAAGUAUAUUUCAAAUAAGGAUACGGUAUAUUUCGAAAAGAUUUGCAUAUCCGAUAUGGUUCAUAAUAAAUGUAGCAUAAUUUUACAUCGUACACCUCAACAUAUACUUGUUGGGCAUGCAACCGCUGUAAUCAAUGCUCCAUCACAUAAUUACUGUAUUGAAAUAUGUUUACGGUCUACGGAAAUGUUAAAUUUCAUAUGUCGUUCAGCAAUAUAUUUCCAUGAAUAUCAACGAUCGAAUUGUAUCCUCAAUAAAGAUUCUGCUAAAACACGUCCCAAAUAUUUCAUCAAUGAGAAAGAGCAAAAAUUGGAUUAUAUUGAAAUGGAUGAAUGUUUAAUUCGUGAUCGGAAAUGA